AUGACCAAACCGCAUCCGUUUGAGCACAGUCUUUUUCUUUUGCUUGCCAUCUCCUUAACUCCAGCCUAUCAUGGAGUGGAAAUUAUCGGAGGUCGAAAGGCUAAAGCCCGCUCAAACCCUUACAUGGUAUCCAUCCAAAUAUUUACGGACAACAACAUGUAUGAACAUUCGUGUGGAGGCGCUUUGAUCAGUAAAAACUGGGUUCUCACUGCAGCGCACUGUAAACCUACAAUGCAAGCAAAGAGGAAAUCUCAAGUGGUUCUUGGAGCACAUUCUCUUUCACAGGAUAAGAAGAGUAAACAAACAGUUCCUAUCAUUAAAUGGAUUGACUAUGGAAAGUUCAACAAGAAAAUUGGAACCCACAGUAACUUGCUGGGGAGGAACGUCAAGUUCAACAAAGAUGUGAAAGUGCUCAAACUACCGAAAACAAAGGUCACUGAUGUGAAACCUGGAACUUCCUGCUCAGUGGCAGGAUGGGGGAAAACAAGUACAUGCUCAAAAAAUCAUUCUGAUACACUUCAAGAGGUGAAGCUAAAAGUAAUAGAUCGUAAAACAUGCAACAGCAAGGACUAUUACAAUCACGAUCCUGAAGUAACCCAGGACAUGAUCUGUGUUGGCGACAGUGAAGGCAGAGAAGAUUCUUGUCAGGGUGAUUCAGGUGGCCCUUUGAUAUGCAACAAAAAGUACAUUGGGAUAGUGUCGUAUGGUAAGGGAUGUGCCAAUCCCAAAAAACCUGGAAUUUACACUUUAUUAACAAAGGAAUAUCUUGAUUGGAUUAAUAAAAUGAUAAAGACGCAGGCUUACAAUGUGACUGCUGAAGCACUGUAUUGAGUAAUCAGCAUGCUGCUUCACUCUGCUUUGCCAACAAAUUUCACCUGGCCCACAGCUAACAAUGGCCCGUUUACUUUAUCAUCGUAACUUUUUUGCAUAUCUUUCAUUAAUUUGUUCUAUAUCUCUCUAUAUCACCGUCUAUAUCUCUCUUUCCGUUUCCCCUGACUUUCAGUCUGAAGAAGGGUCUCGACCCGAGACGUUACCUAUUUCUUUUCUCCAGAGAUGCUGACUGACCUUUGAAUUACUCCAGCUUUUUGUGUCUCUCUUCAGUUUAAAUCAGCAUCUGCAGUAUCUUCCUGCACAUGAUGCUCAAGUAAUUGGCUUAGAGAACCAGCAUGCUUUCAUCCAUAUCCUGAGUACAUUGUAUAAUAUUUUACCGCAAAAUGCAAUAAAAACUCGAAUUGUGA